GUGUAUAAAUUGGUUCGAAAGUUUAAGGUCGCGAACUAGAAUAUAAAUCGUAUAUAAGUAUUUUCAUUUUACAUGUAGAAAUUAAUUAUUCACUUGACGUUAGCAGCAUUGUGCGAAAUGCCAUUAACAAGCCACGGAUAAGUCAUUAAUAAAAGAAGUUGAAAGUAAAGUUUGUGAUGAAAACCAAGUGCUUAUUAUUCACAUACCUAAUAACGAACUUUAUAGUUAUUUUUAGCUAGGUAUGUUUUUACAUUGAGGUAAUAUAAAAAUAAACCAAGCAAGAAAGAAGAACAACUAUUGUGUUGCUUUCAUAUUGUGAUGACCUAAGUGUAAUACUUAAAAAUGAGCACAAAAAGACCAGCAUCUCGAAUUUUGAAUGAAGAUAGUAGUCCAACUAAGAAGAUAAAGACGAGCCAACAAAACUCUUAUUUUUAUAAAAUUCUUGAAGAAAGUGGUUUAACUUUAAGUUCGCCUCCAAAUAAAUCUAUUAUAUCUCAUGAAACUGUACAUGUAGUGCGUAAUAUAAAAAAAAAUCUUCAGAAACACUUUGACUACCCUAGAAAUGUGUCAGAGUUUUUUGCAAAUUUGGAAAAAGAUUGCCAGAACAUACAUUUAUUUAAACAUUACUUAUACCCUAACAUUGCAAGGCUUACUGAUGAUCGUCCAGAACACAUUAUUAAUGACAGUGUGUUCAAAAUACUGCUGAGCAUACCAGUUUUACAGAAUAAAUUAACUGAUUAUAUUUUUGAAAAAGCUAUUGAUUUUGCUGCAGAGUCAAAAUGUGGACCAUGGAUACAAAUGAUACUUAAGUGUUUUUCAUCAUUAGACAACAUAGCUAGCACAGACAAAAUUGCUACUCAUUUAAUUAACUUGUUAGAUAUUACUACAGAAAAAAUGGUUCGCCUAGAAAUUAUUACUGCUAUACCAGAUAUAAUUGGGGAUCAGGAACAUAAUACUGUUGCUACUGAAAUGAGUCGAAUACUAAAUGAAGAUCAUGAUCUCACACCAGCAAUUUUAGAUUGUUUGUCUUAUUUGUGUUUGUCAGAUGACCAAUAUGGACACCUCCAAAAAAGAACUUUGAAUAUUCUGAUAACUUUCCCGAAAUGUGUAUACUUUCCUAAUUUUAUCAAAUUCCUUCUUAUGCCUGGAAGAAUGAAUGACACUGCCUAUUUUGAAGCUGUGCAAGGACUCAGGAAUGCUCUUGGCUGGCCAAAAUCAAUUGCAACACAACAAGAAAUUGCAACAAGCCAAGUCCUCACUGCCACAGCAAUUAGGAAUUCUAUGCUAUCUUCAAAAGUUAUUUCAAAUUCUUGGUUAAAAGUAACAACCUUAUGCAAAAAUGAUGCUGAUCAUAAACCAAUUGAUUUUGUGAUAUUUUUAAUUUUAUAUUCUCUAUCAGAAGAAAAGCAAAAACAGAUUGAAAACUUGAUAAAAAAACAAAUAAAAUUAAAUAUCUUAAAAGAAGAUUUAUUAGAAGAGUCAUUUGAAAAGUUUAAAUUCAUAUACAGAGAUUAUUUAAAGGAUUUAAUAAGUCUUGGCAAUUUUUUAUUGAAAAUAAAAGGUGAUCCUAUUAUAGAAGGAUUUGCUUCCAAAAUGUAUAUGCUAAUGUUCUCGCACUUAUGUGAUUGCUGUCAAACUAUUCUUGCAGAAAUACUUCAGUUAGGGUUAGAUUGUCAACAAGCUGUAACAAAUAUUUUACUCAUAUUGAAUAAUGUUGCAGCUAGUGACAUGGAUUCAUUAAAAACACAAAGUGUUCAAAUGUUGACACUAUUAGAUAGAAUGGACAAUAUGUCUCUGAAUGAUAUCAAAUCAGUAAUGAAUUUACUUUGUGCACUUGCAUACAGUUACGAAAAUUCAGUAAUAAGAGAUGAUAUUUAUAUGAUAAUAAGAAAAGAAUUAGGCAGUUCUAUCCCCAAAAUUAAAAUUCAGGGUAUUUUAGCAGGACUGUAUGCAGUCAAAUAUUUAAUGAGAAAGCAAAUUGAUGAUGAACAAACUGCAGAAUUGCCUGAUGAUAUUAGUUAUAGUUCUGUAACAUUUUUAUCUGAAGGUGAUCUCCGUGAAGCAGCUCAAAUUAUAGAACUGAUCAGUCGAAGUACUAGGCAAUAUCCCGAUAUGAUUGCCCUUUUCUAUGAUGAAUUAUCUGACAUAAUUGCCACUUCACCUUAUAUAAAUAAGUUUUUUUUAUCAUGGUUGACUGAUGCCGUGACCAAUGAUUUGCAACAAAAUUUCAUUGUAGAUGCUGUGGAACAUGAAAAAACUGGAGAGUUAAAACUUACAAUGCAGUAUUGUCUCAAUGAAGAUAGUGAAAUGGAUGAAACAAUUGCUAUAAACAUUGGUGGUCUAACAUUACAGCCAAAAACUACUGUCAAUAUUGCUAUCUUAUCACCAUUAUUCCAACUGGUACAAACAUUACAUAAUAGACAACAUGAUGGUACAUUAUCUACCAUUGAUGCCUUAUUAGGAUGUGCUGUCAUUAUGCCUCAAUUUGAUAUUGACUUAGUUGAAGAUAUGGAUAGUACUGCUAUUUUAAAUGUAUUAGACUGUCUAAUUCAUUGUGUCAAUUGGUUUAGAGAACUACUAAAUGCCUUUGCAAGUCAGGAUGAUGAAGCACUUAAGGCAAAGAUGCUUCAAAGACUUCUUCAAGUUGAAGAAUUAGAGGCAGUUAUUGAAGAAGUUCUUAUGAAAUGUAGUAUAGCUUACAAGCCACCUGCUUGCUUUUUUAACAUAAGUAAAUAUACGGGUGGAGUAGUUGAGAAGAAAUUUACUAGAGCUCAAAAUAACAAAAACAAAAUGCAGAAGAAGCAAGCUCAAGACGACACUAUAAUACCAGAAACAGCAAAAUCACAACCAACACAAAGCAAUAAUUCACUAAAAAAUAAAUUUGAUAGGGCCAACUCUUUACCUUUUAGGCAACUAACUUUAAACAUAUUUCAUCUACUCAAUAACGAUAUAAACUUAACAGGUGAUCAACACAGUUUUGGAGCUAAAAAUUUAAAUUUUUUAUUAAAGUGUAUCAAUGUUAAAUUAGAUAACACAUUUAUUUCUAAGAUUCAUAGAAAAACAUUUUUUUCUAAGGAGGAAGACAUUAUUUAUGAUAAAAAAAAAGCAGAAGAAUCUGCGAAACUUGUCAACAAGAUGCUUCCGAAAAUUAUGAAGCAUUUAACAUUCAUUUGUACGUUUUUGGACAAACAUGCUUUUCCCAACACACAGAAUGAUAGUAGUUUCAUCUUAACAACAGAAAUUGUCAACCAUCUGCGUUGUCUAGAAACCAUUUACAAUAUGUUUAAAAUAUUCUACAAAUGGAUUGGAUUUAGGAACCAUCAGAAUGCUUUAUUAAAAAGCUCUUUGAGAACAAUCGUAUUCUCGGAGAGCACUUCUAAAAUAGUGUCUCUGAAAGAUUUAAUUAUAUUAACUGCUAAAUAUUUUCAAAAACAUGAAAAGUAUUGUUUACAGCUAUCGACGGCGGUAUCAUUAAUUGAGUUAUUACAAACCAUUCAGUGGUUUUGUGAUGACAAGACCAUCUUAAAAAUUUUAAAAACUAUGUCUCACAACUUCUUAUCGCAACAAUGGAAAACUCCCGAUGGAAUCCCAGAAAAAGGAUUAUUCUUCAGUCACAGCAUAGACAAAUUAUCUAACGUAUUUUUCAUUAAUAACGAAAUAUUAACGCUGAAGAAUCUAACAUUACAAUUAACUCAUGAAAUUAAAACUUUAAAGAGCCUAAAAGAUAGCCUUUCAUCAUUUAAAUGUAUCAACAAGGGCAAUUUCCCGAUACUAUACAGAAAUCUAGGCACAGCUUUGUACGAAUCUACAAAAACACGGCUUAAUAAAGGAUUGACUAAUACUGAACAUUUGGGGUUGUGGAAAGAUGUAGCUAUCAUCUUGAAGAAUAUGUCUGAUAUAGCGAAAACUUUAGAAAAUAGAAAUAAUCUAGCCGCAUUUUUCAAAAAAUCUGUUCCUGUUCUCAAACUUUUUUUAUCCCAAGGUAUACCCAUACUAGAAUUACAACUGAAGAACGAAACUGAAGAAGUUUUAGAGAUAUUGAAAAUUCUACAGCAAUCAACCAGAUUUUUACAGUCAUUAUGCUGUCAUUCAAGACUCAAAAACAAUACAGUUUUGAUGAGUCAAGUCCCCUACAUAAGGCAGCUUCUUGAAACUCUAAUUUAUAAAGUCAAAGCUGCAUUAGCUGCUAACAAUUGUUCAGAAGCUUUCUGGAUGGGCAAUCUUAAAAAUAAGGAUAUUCAUGGUGAGAUAAUUGCUACACAACAGAGUAUUGAAAGUGAAGAAUCUGUUGAAGAUGGUGAUGAAUUGUUGCCCGAUGACGACGAAGCCGAAGAUAGCAGUGAUGAGAUGAUUAAUCCUGACUCAAAAAGUAUAAGUGAUAUUGUCUAAUUUUAUAUAACGCAAUAAAAACGUCAAUAGAAAAUUGCCCAUGUAGAAAUAAUUAUAUGAUACACUUCUUUAUUCAGAUACAAAAUUUUUGGAAAUAGCUAUAUAAGAAUACGACCGAACCCUCUUUUGUCACGAUUUUUACAGAAUAAGAUAAUUAGAGACCUCCAUUAAUUGAUUCUCCAGCUUUUAUUGGCAUAGUGGCUUUAAAAGCGCCAUUUAAAGCUUACAUUAAAGAAAUAGUUAUUAACUGC